AUGACUAUCCCAUUGAACGACUAUGAGGGCAGCGAGCUCGAAAAUGAGCUUGAUGAGAUUCUGCCCACAUUCAAAUCUGCUGAUUAUGACUGGAAGUGCUUCGGCUAUUUGCUCGAUGAGACACCUCAGCCGUCAACGUCCUGUGAAAAGUCAGAGAUCGAAAGCACGGUAAUCCCAAAACCGCCUUUCGAACCGAUUGGGAAAGGAAGACGCCGAAGAACAAGUCACAAGACCAAAACGACGACUGGUGCCACUACAAAUGUGAGAAAGGAAGUUAUUAAUCCCGCUGAUAUCACAUUGGGUGGAGAUACCUAUGAAUAUUCGCAUGAUGAUGACUCGAUAGCGUCGCAUGUGGCUCGUCGUCGACGAACCUCGACAAAUGUAUCGAAAAGCGAAGAAGAUGAGACAACUCGACAUCCUAAGGAACGCAAAUAUGGAGAUGUCAAGCCGAACUAUUUGGAGAAUUCGCCGUUUAUUGGCAGCGAAUAUCCGAUUGCAGCACAACAACAGCCUGAUAAUCCAGCCGAUCAAAUAGAUCGAAAUGCUCUUCAUUGCAGUUGUAGAACGCUUUAUGACGAAACUAAGUUCUAUUUGAACUGUGACAUGUGCAAUGUUUGGUUCCAUGGAGAUUGUGUCGGUGUUACCCAAAAAAGAGCUUCCAAAAUGGACGGAUGGACUUGUGCUGAUUGUUUGAAUGAGGAAAGGAAAAUCAAAGAGUCUCCACAACUUUACUGUGUAUGCAAGAAGCCUUAUGAUGAUACACAAUUCUAUGUUGGAUGUGAUUCGUGUCAAGGAUGGUUCCAUCCUGCCUGCGUGAAUAUAACUCAAGAGGAAGCCGAGGCGGCCGCGGAGUACAUUUGUCCGUCGUGUCGAGUUGAAGAUGAUCAGAAAGGCUAUGAAUCGUCAUCAUCGGAAGGAUCGAUGUCGAGCAGAGCGAGCAGCAGCCUUCCUCUUCUACGAUCGGAUUACAGUCAUGUUUGGCAGCUUCUAGAACUUCUUUUGGAGCACCGAAUGAGCCAUCCAUUCCACAAACCAGUCGAUAUUCAAGAAUUCCCUGAUUAUCUAAGUGUGGUCAGCCAACCAAUGGAUUUGUCAACGAUUACGAAGAAGCUCGAAUCAUUGGAAUACAGCUACCUUCGCGAAUUUGUUAGCGAUGUUAACUUGAUGUUCGAGAAUGCGAAGAAAUACAAUCCUAAAGAAAAUCCAAUUUUCAAAUGCGCUGAAACCAUGCAGGAAUUGUUUGAGAAGAAGUUGUUAGAGAUUCGUGAGUUGAUUCGCGGUGAUCAUAAAACGGAUCGACGAAGGAAUCGUUGCGAAAGUCAAAGAACUCUCGAGGGAUCUUUGGAUAUCGAUGCUGAUCAGCUGAUAUCACUGGACCCUGAGUUUGUUCAUGAGUUGUAUAUACCAGGUAUGAAAACCCAAUCCAGUGAUUAA